AUGGGCAACCAAGUGAGUGUACCCACCACUGACUCUUCUGCUAGCCAGCGAGACGGAUGCCCAGUGCAGAAUGACGCUGAGAAGGUAGUAUCAGAUGAAACACCUAUACAGAAGAAGAAGAGUAAUGGCUGUCCUGUACAACACGACAAAACGCCGUCGGUCGUCCACGCCAUGGCCAGUGGCUGCCCUGUCACAACAAAUGGCAAGGAGGACCAAGAGAUCUAUAACGUGUAUGGCCAACGUAUUGACCCAACUAACAUGAUGCCGCACGAUCCAAACCAAGAACCCAACACGGAACAACGCUAUCCGCUGCCUCAAGAUCGUGUACAGUCAACGAUCCCAAAGGGUGGCACAGAAGGCACGUGGCUCUACCCGUCCGAACAAAUGUUCUUCAAUGCACUCAAGCGUAAGAAAAAGGAUGAAGAUGUACAUGAGGGUGACGUACGAGCUAUUGUGUCGAUUCAUAAUAACAUGAACGAACGUGCCUGGGCUCAGGUGGAGCACUAUGAAAAAGUAUGCCAUCCAUAUCUAAAGGAUUCCAAGUUGCUCAAGUUCUGUGGUCGUCCGGAUAAGCUCACGCCUAUUGCGUGGAUCAAGAGUAUGCUUGGAUAUGGGACACCGUUUGACCGUCACGACUGGACUGUGCUGCGUAGUGACAACACACAGGUGCGCUAUGUGAUCGAUUACUAUUUCGAUGACGAGAAAUCCGAACAGGAUACAAUUCCUGAGCUGCACUCAGCCGACAAAGUCAAGAGUAUCUCCAUGUAUGCUCGUCCUGCUGUGGACUCGGUAGGUGCCCUUGUGGACAGGAUCAGAUUCCCAAUUGCAGGCUUCCUUAACGGGUUCAAAGGCCCCGAUAUUGCUGCCCGAUCUACAUUAGUGGAAGGUACUCAGGAGAAAAAAGAUGCUCUGGAACAAUUGUCGGUGGACGAGGUGGAGCAGACGUUUACUAAAGUUAAAGACUCGUGUAAGAGCUGCAUGCAGGAGGUCAGGACUUGCAGCAAUGAAGUGCAGUGCUCACAAGCUGCUAUGGCUCUUCAGCUCUGCAUGGGCCGCAUUAUCUGUCCGCCGCAGGCAGCUGCCUUUAUCAAGGCGCUUGAGGGUGACAAUGAGACAGCAGUUGAGGCAGCUUUUGACGCCAUGAACAACACUUUGGAGCAGUUUCAGGAGCGCGGAGCUAGUGCUAUGCAGGAGCAAGCUGUGCGGGAGUCCCUGGCCAAGAAGUAA